GUAUCAAAUAUACCCUCAAAAUUUUAAAAAGUUUCAAAAUGGUCCUUGAAAGGACCAUUUUGAAUUAUAUUUACCUCUUAAAUGGAUACAUCCAUCGAAAUUGCACCGGUCCUCUUACACGAGCCUCAUAUGGAAGAUGGAUUGCAAGAUGCUCCAUACUGUCAAAGAAUGAAGGUGGAAAGAUUCGCUCUAGCUUACAAAUAAUUUCUACUAUUCUCUUGCCAUAUUGCCAUGUCAUUGACCUGAAUCACCGGAGCACACAAGGCCCUAAAGAACUCACUAAUCUCAACAAGUGGCUCCCAAACUUGUUUCGCCCGAUUCUGCUCUUCUUCUCAUUUCUUCCCGCUGCAGCCACCCGAAGAAAAAAGAAAGAGAAGCCAGCCAUGCCUUGGAAAAUUGGAGUUCCCGGAUUUGCUCUGUUCUUCCUUCCCUGUCCGCCGGCUGCUCUUGCUUGCGGGUGUGAUUUUCAGUCUUUCUUGUCCCCUGCAGAAUUUUCCUUCCAUGCCGCCGGCUUUUCCCCAAAUUGCAGCUCCGGCCUUGCUUGCUGGAUUCUGGUUCUUGAUCGUCCUGUCAGUUUAGUGCGUGAAUUGAGUGCUCGGUUUUAUGCGAGUGAGUUAAAUUCAGUCUGUUUUGUCUCCGAUAUGGUCAUGUUAUCCUGUUGCCCGCUAGUGGGAGUGUUAAACGCUAGCACAUGUCGACAUGUAUUUCUGUAGAACCGGUUCGUUUAUGUUAUCCUGCUAGUGGGAGUUAAACACUAGCAAUUCCUAUUGCCUGCCAGUGGGAGUGUUAAACACUGGCCGUGACCUAUGGAGGAGACGUCUAUUUCAUGCCCGUACUGUAUCUGUUUUCGUGAUUGUACUUGUUGGCAUGCUUUAAGCUUGAUAAGGGGCACUCCAUAUUUAUUUACUGAGUUUAUCUCAUAGUUUUUCCUUGUUCACCAUUUCAUGAUGUGAAAUCGAGGACGGGGAAACCACGGGAAGUGACGAGUUAGAAAGCUAGCCAUUUCGGGAUUGAUAUAGAUUUUAGAAGUAAAUCAUGAUCUUGUAAACCAGAGUGUAUUUGGAGAUUUAUGUUAUCGGAGUAAAUUUUAAAGAUUUGAUCUUCAGAUUUCGAUGGUAUCAGAGUGUGAUAUGAUAAGUUCCGAGCCUUGUGCACUUGUGGGACCCGUCUCAUGAGUGCACGGCGUCUGCCACGCCCCCGGAUUUGGGUUCUGGGGCGUGAUAGAUUUAGUGGUAUCAGAGCUUAGACUUGUUGCGUGAAUAGAAUUUUGUAUGCUCUUUUGCCACUAUUGUGAAAUUUGGGGAGUUGCAAAAAUCUUUUGUUAUUAAUCCUGUUGGUCUCUACCACAUAGCUGGUUGAGAAAUUUGUUCUGUUUGUCGCAUGACCAGUGGAGGAUGGGUAAACCCUCUACUUUGCAAGAGAUUCAAGGCUAUUGUAGCCAAUGUUGUGUGUUUUUCUAGAUGCGUUUUAGGAGCUGGAUUACUUGGUAAUUCCAUUGCUCCUUAUUUUCUGAAAGUCUUAUAGUGAAAUUUCACUUUUUUCGUUUGGAGCUUCAUGAUCUUUUCAUGUGGCUCAUUUUUUUGUAUUGGUUAAUCAAGAGCAGUGAUCAUU